GGCGGCGGAGAAGGAGGACGAGAAGAAGGAGAAGCAGAAGGAGAAGGGCGCCCAUCGGAGCCGGGCGGGGGGGAAUCGGUCCGGCCGCCCAACGGGAAGGUGCAGGCGGCAGCGGCGGAUGGACAGCCCGGGCCUGGCGCGUUGGCAGGGAGCACCCAAGGCCGUGCCCACCCGCUGAAGCCCGGCUCGCAGCCGGGCAGUCCGAAGGGCCGGAGCAGGAGCCCCCCAGGGUGCCAUGGUGAGGCCUUCCCCGGCCUGACCUCCGGGCCGUCCGCGCGUCCCGGAGGGGUCGGGGACCCCCCGCCCUCCCCGCGGCCAUGAGCACCGAGGGCUUCCAGUACCGAGCGCUGUACGGCUACCAGAAGGAGCGGGAGGAGGAUCUGGAUUUGCACCCGGGCGACGUCCUCACGGUGAACAAGGGCUUCCUGGUGGCCCUGGGCCUGGGCGCGGGGGCCGAGGCCCGGCCCGAGGAGAUCGGCUGGCUGACCGGUGCCAACGAAAGCACCGGGGAGCACGGGGACUUUCCUGGCACCUACGUGGAGUACGUUGGCCACAAGGAGCUCUCCCCGCCCACGCCGAAGCCUCGCCCCCCGCGCCCUCUCCCCGUGGCCCCCGGCCCCUCCACCAGGCCCCGGCCCGACGGCGAGUCUCCAGGGCCCACGCCCCCAGAGUUGGCUGAGCUGUUCUCCCCGCCUGCCACCACCGCCCCCCCGGUGCUCAUCCGCCUGCUGGAGGCCAUUGAGAAAAAAGGUCUGGAAUGUCCAACUCUGUACCGGACCCAGGGCUCCGGGAGUCCCGUCGACCUACGGCAGCUUCUGGACGGCGGGGGAAGUGCGGACCUGGAAUCGGCCGACUUGCCGGUCCUGUCGGAGGCGGUCAGAUGGUUCCUGCUGGAGCUGCCGGGCCCCGUGAUCCCCGUGGAUGUGCAGAGCGAGCUCCUCUCUGGACCCCAAGAGCCGCGGAGCGCGCAGGAGGAUGCCUGGCGGCUACGGGCCCUUCUGAGGCCGCCCGCGGUCCCCGACCAGCAUCGCCUCACCCUCCAGUUCCUGCUCGCGCACUUCUGCCGCCUCUGCCGCGCCUCCGCCAAGAACCUCCUGACCGCCCGGGCGCUGGCCGACAUCUUCAGCCCCCUGCUCUUCCGGGGGCCGCCGACCAGCGCCGAUAAUGAGGAACGCCUCACGCAAACCCUGGAGGCUCUGAUCGCCGGCGAGUGCAGCGACCGGCAGUCGGCACCGGCCUUGCCUCCGAAGCCCCCGAAGUCGCCGGCGGUGGCUAACAGCACUGCCAACUCCGGCAUGUCCCUGCAGGAUGCCGAGUGGUACUGGGGAGAGAUCUCCAGGGAGGAGGUGAAUGAGAAGCUGCGGGACACGGCGGACGGCACCUUCCUGGUCCGCGAUGCGUCCACCAAGAUGCACGGGGAUUACACGCUCACGCUGAGGAAGGGUGGAAACAACAAGCUCAUCAAGAUCUUUCACCGGGACGGCAAGUACGGCUUUUCGGACCCACUGACGUUCUCCUCAGUGGUGGAGCUGGUGGACCACUACCGGAACGAAUCAUUGGCCCAGUACAAUCCCAAGCUCGACGUGAAACUCCUCUUCCCCGUGUCGAAGUUCCAGCAGGACCAGGUGGUGAAGGAGGGCAGCAUCGAAGCCGCGGGAAAGAAGCUGCACGAAUACAACGUGCAGUUCCAGGAGAAGAGCCGCGAAUAUGAUCGGCUGUACGAGGACUACACACGCACCUCUCAGGAAAUCCAAAUGAAAAGAACCGCCAUCGAAGCGUUCAACGAAACCAUAAAGAUCUUCGAGGAGCAGUGCCAGACCCAAGAGCGGUACAGCAAGGAGUACAUCGAGAAAUUUAAGCGGGAAGGGAACGAGAAGGAGAUACAAAGGAUCAUGCACAACUACGACAAGCUCAAGUCGCGCAUCAGCGAGAUCGUGGACAGCCGGCGCCGGCUGGAGGAGGACCUGCGCACUCAGGCCGCCGAGUACCGCGAGAUUGACAAGCGGAUGAACAGCAUCAAGCCCGAUCUCAUCCAGCUCAGGAAGACGCGGGAUCAGUACCUCGUGUGGCUGACACAGAAGGGCGUCCGCCAGAAGAAGCUGAACGAGUGGCUGGGGAACGAGAACAUGGAAGAUCCAUACUCCACGGUGGAGGAAGACGAAGACCUGCCGCACCAGGACGAGAGGACGUGGAACGUGGGCAGCAGCAACCGAGGCAAGGCCGAGGCCCUCCUGCGCGGCAAACGGGACGGCACCUUCCUGGUGCGCGAGAGCAGCAAGCAGGGCUGCUACGCCUGCUCCGUCGUGGUGGACGGCGAAGUCAAGCACUGUGUCAUCAACAAGACGCCGACGGGCUAUGGGUUCGCCGAGCCUUACAACCUGUACGGCUCGCUGAAAGAACUGGUGCUACAUUACCAGCACACCUCUCUGGUGCAACACAACGACUCCCUCAACGUCACCCUGGCCUACCCCGUCCACGCCCAACAGCGGCGGUGAGCGGUGCCCUCGCCCCUCACCCCACCCCCCCACGGACAGGGCCGAGCUCGCCUCGCCGCCGGACCUGGGGAGGACCCCACCCCCGGCCGGUAAGACCCCCACGGAGGAUGCGUGGUCGGCGAGUCCGCCGGCCGCCGAGGCCAGAACCGAGGUGCCCUGAGGACCCCGCGGGCCACCCCGGAGCGACCGGGGGAAUCCCGAUCCGUCCCCACUGCAGCCGGUCCCGGCUCGGAUGGGAUCAGGCGCAGCUGUCCCCCUCCAUCAGUGCUAUGCAAAACCCUGAGCGGCGCCGGCCCGUUCCCUCUCCGCUGUCACAUUUGUGGUGCAGACAUCCUUCUGGCCCCACCGGACGCUGACCUGACCAGGCCGGGCUCCCCUGGUUUUUAUUAAGCCCUUCUUGUUGGGACUUUUUUUUUUUUUUUUUUAAAGACGUACAGAAUACGCCCAUAAAAAGGGCAUGACAACUCCGCACUCUCUCACAGUUUCCCUUGAAUAGGAAGCUUGGCUGUGUGUCCAAGGCUAAAAAAAAAAAAAAAUGUUCAUAACCAGUGUGUGGACUAAAUAUUCUAUGAGGCAGGGUGCCUGAGGAACUUCACAGCUGCUUUGGUCAAUAAAAAGGGGACGCCACGGGGACAGAUCACGGGGCUGAGUGUCAGAGGACCCGGCUUCUAAUCCCAGCUCUACUACUUGCCUGCUGUGUGACUUCAGGCACAUGAC